AUGUGGCGGGCCCUUAGGCUGGGCUUUCGGCAGGGAGCCACCGCAGUCGGAGCAGCGGGGCGCGUGGCAGGCCAGCAGCAGGCGGCAGCCCCCUGGCGCCUGCACCCUCGGCACCACCCAAGCCGGCUGUGCUGCACAUCAGCCUCCGCCGCGCAGCAGGCCGCCGCAGCGCCCGCAGCCGAACAGGCCGCGGCGGCGCCUCUGCCGGCAGGCCGCGAGCUGCUCCUGCACAACACCCUGACUCGCCAGAAGGAGGUGUUCCGGCCGCGGGCCGACCAGGGCAACCGCGUCAGCAUGUAUGUGUGCGGGGUGACGGUCUAUGACUACAGCCACAUCGGCCACGCGCGCGCCUACGUGGCGUUUGACGUCAUCUACCGCCUGCUGCGCCACCUGGGCUACGCGGUGACCUACGUGCGCAACUUCACUGAUGUGGACGACAAGAUCAUCGCGCGGGCGGCGGCGGCGGGUGAGGAGCCGCUGGCGCUCGCCCGCCGCUUCAUCGCAGAGUUCCACGCAGACAUGGAGCUGCUGGGGUGCCUGCCCCCCGACCUGGAGCCCCGGGCGACUGAGUACAUCCCCCACAUGGUGGCCAUGAUCCAGCGCAUCAUCGACCACGGCCACGCCUAUGCCGUGGGCGGCGACGUCUUCUUCGACGUCGCCUCGCUGCCGGGCUACGGCAGGCUGUCCGGGCGGUCGCAGGAGGACAACCGUGCGGGGGAGCGGGUGGCGGUGGAUGAGCGCAAGCGCGGCGCCGCCGACUUUGCGCUGUGGAAGGCGGCCAAGCCGGGAGAGCCGACAUGGGAGAGCCCCUGGGGGCCCGGCCGGCCGGGCUGGCACAUCGAGUGCAGCGCGAUGAUUCGGGAGGUGCUGGGGGAGGUGAUUGACAUCCACGGCGGCGGCAGGGACCUCGUGUUCCCCCACCACGAGAACGAGCUGGCGCAGUCGCGGGCGGCCUCGGGUGCUUGCAGCUGCGGCCACGACCACGGCGCCGCCACAGCCAGCGCCAGCGCCAGCAACGGCAGCGGCGGCGGCGGCCAGGAUGAGUUUGUGCGCUACUGGCUGCACAAUGGCUUUGUGAAUGUGGACAGCGAGAAGAUGAGCAAGUCGCUGGGCAACUUCUUCACCAUCAGGGAGGUGGUGGCGCAGUACCACCCGCGGGCGCUGCGCUGGUUCCUAGUCGGCACGCAGUACCGCCAGCCCAUCAACUACACGCAGCGGGCGCUGGAGGAGGCCUCGGACCGGGUGUUCUAUCUCUACCAGACGCUUGCCGACAUGGGGGCGGUGCUGGAUGGCGGCGAGGAGGGGCAGGCAGCGCUGGCAGCGGCCCGGCAGCAGCUGGCGGCGCCGGCAGCGGCAGCCUCGGGCUCGGGGCUGCUGGCAGAGGUGCAGGCUGCGCUCACGGAUGAUGUCAACACGCCGCUGGCCAUAGCUGCCUUCUCCGCGCCGCUCAAAUCCGCCAAUGACCUUGUCCACACCAAGAAGGGCAAGAAGCAGGCGGGGCGGUUACAGGCGCUUGCAGAGUGCUACGCAGCGCUGGAGACGUGCCUGCAGCUGCUGGGGCUGUGGGCGGAGCAGCCGCAGGACGUGUUACUGGAGCUGCGACAGCUGGCGCUCAAGCGGGCGGGGCUUGGGGAGGACGAGAUUGCGGCGGCGAUCGAGGAGCGGGCAGCGGCGCGGGCGGCCAAGGACUAUGCAGCAGCGGACGUGGUGCGGUUGCGGCUGGAGGCGGCUGGCAUUCUGAUCAUGGAUACCCCGCAGGGCACCACGUGGAAGCCCGGCCCGCGGCUGAACAUUGCAGAGGAGGAAAACGCGGCAGCGUGA